UAGAAGCUUGACAUCAUAGAACUGGUCAGUGAGUCUUAUCAUUUCAUUUUCAACUCUCACAAAAGGAAGAGGGUCCCUGCGAUCUCCUGGAGAACCCAGAUCUACCAGAGGAGAGAUUCACCCACCAAGGGAACCAGGACCAUGAGGAUUUUUUCUGUUUUACUUUGGAUUCUUUUCCCAGGCUGCUGGGCGGUGACGGGCCCCGGGGCAGUACACGGCCCCACGGGUGGGUCGGUGGCUGUGCGGUGCCAGUACCGGGCGGGCUAUGAGGAUUAUCCGAAGUUCUGGUGCCAGGAAGGAGGCUUGAUAGGUUUGUUCUGUUCCGACUGGCUUCACGUCGUCGAGACUGAUGGGUCGGAGUUGGAGGUGACGCGGGGCAGAGUCUCCAUCCGAGACGAUCACACCCAGCGCACAUUCACCGUGACCGUGGAGAACCUGACACCGGCAGACGCCGGCACGUACCACUGCGGGGUAGAGAGAACCGGGCCUGAUCUCAGGGACACUGUGGAACUCACCGUCUCCCCAGCUGUUCCUACCUCACCACCGACGACAUCAGAAAAGGACCUGACUGUUGCCACCUCCUCAUGGACUCUUCCUGAAGUAGAUGUUCUUGCCGGUAUUCCAAACCUUGUCCUCUACAUCCUGAUCCCAUCCAUCCUGCUGGUUCUACUUUUGAUUGUGUUCAUUGCUGUAAAGUUUAAAAGAGCAUCACAGAGGAGGAGAAAAGCCCUUGAGGACACAACAGGACAAAAGGAUAAGAACGCCUAUCUCUAUAACCCGAAUCCUGGGCACAACCCUCCCUUCAGUGCAUCAGAUCCUGCUGCCGCGGGCCAGAUGGCAAUCUCUAUGAACGAGCAACACCUGCCCAGCUCAGCCGAUCCGGAGUCCGAGUAUGAAAGCAUGAUCCCGCAGAGGAGUCAGGUUUCAGGACAGAGAAAAGCAGUUUUUUCUGGUCCACAGGACUGCUCAGCCACAGAUCAGCAGGACACCUACGUCAAUAUGUACUCAGUCACAUCCCGUCCCCCCAUGAUUUGUCAUCAUGCAAAGUGUGGGAGAAAAGCUGCAGGCUGAAGCCCUUCCUAUUCACGGGAUAUUUAGCAGCUCAUCCUUAUUUUCCUAUUGUUCCAUGAAACUUCCAGACUGGCAUUCCCUCUGCCCUCCUUCUGCUGAGCAAUCUGACAGCAGCAAGAUGUGGUGGGGAGGUCCCACUUCCAGCAUGAUUGUCUUCAGAAAUGUACUGGGGGCCAACAGCUACUACAAAGUACUUCUCCUUUCCUGAACAUUAGCUUGAAACUGCACAAAGUCUUGGUGGCUCCAGUUCCUGAAGGGCCGGAGGUAUUCCU